CGGCUCUGCGCGACACUGAAGUCUGGGCGGUUUUUUCAUCUUACGCUGCUCCAUCAGUUGCUUUGCUCCAUUGAAAAAUGACGAAGUUCAGGAAGCUUGGUCGUCCUACGGGUCAUCGGAUGUCUAUGCUCAGAACAAUGGUGUCGCAAUUGGUGAAGCACGAGCGUAUCGAAACCACUGUUGCCAAGGCCAAAGAGGUCCGUAGACUUGCAGAUAACAUGGUGCAGCUUGGGAAAGAGGGUACCCUACAUGCUGCGAGGCGUGCUGCCAGUUUUGUGCGUGGAGAUGAUGUACUUCACAAGCUAUUUUCAGAACUCGCUUACAGAUACAAGGAUAGAGCAGGUGGAUACACUAGAGUGCUUCGGACUCGAAUUCGAGUUGGGGAUGCUGCACCAAUGGCUUACAUUGAGUUCAUUGACAGAGAAAAUGAACUGAGGCAGUCGAAGCCACCAACUCCUCAACCACCACCGAGAGCUCCUCUUGAUCCGUGGACACGAUCCCGUCUCACCAGGCAGUAUGCACCACCGAAAGAGGAGAAAUCUGACUCUGAUGUGUGAUUAUUUUUAAUGCAAUGCUGAUACUCCUUCAUAGAAUGCAUUUUUGCUGUUUCAAUUCUCUCUUAUAUUCUACAAUACAUGAGGCAAUUUUUUUCUGUCUUGUGGGGAAAGGGUUCUCUGAUAUGUAAAAUAAUCUGCCUGAAAUUCCAAUCUGAGAAUGGAAAAGUAAGAUCUGAGAUCUAUUUUGUCUCCUCUCUCCUUGUCAACGGGAAAAAAGAGUUGAUGCUAGCUGGCUGAGGUACAGAAGGGUGUAUCCACGAAGGUUACUUGGAUGGAAAUCAAGAACUUUCUAUCUUCUUCACUAUGAUAUGUUCUGUUUAUGGGGAUGGCAUUCUUGACCUGCUUUAUGCAAUGACGUGGUACAAUAUAGCUCAGAUGUCCCUUCUAUUUUAUCUUCCUUAAAUUCAAAUCCCUUGCAGGCCCUGUUGCUGUUGCUUAUAAUUCUUGCCUUCCAAGAUGAAACACUAAAGUUUUGCUGUUACCCCAAUUUCAUCCCUUAUCCUUCUACAUACCGAAUAUAAAAUAGAUCAUGGUUGUUGCCUGUAAGCUUCGUUUAAGGCUUCCAUUUGUUCUCUAAUUUUAUCAAUAGACGCUAUGUUUUUUU